AUGUCCAGAUAUGGCGUUCCGGCUCACCUUAGCAGUUUGAAGCAAGCCGUAUUUAACCAUUUAAAGACAGAAGUACAUACUCAACUUUGGUUAACUGGGCCAAAGGGGCGCGGAAAAAGUAGAUUAAUCAACGCGAUACUUUCUGAGUUUGAAGUAAAGGAUGAAAUCAACCAUUUUUCUUCCUAUGUUGAUUUUGGAAACAUUUUUAACCAAAAUUGUCAAACACUAAUCACUAGGUUUGCUGAUGCACUUAUAUCAUCUGUAAAAUAUCCAAAAGGCUACGAUGAUGAAACACUGAAAAAAUUAUUUGAUGACGUUCUAAACGAGAUAUCUUCAUCAAAUUUUCAUGUUAAGAUAUUUUUAAAGAGUAUAGAUUAUGAUAAAGUGGAUGAUUUAGAUGGUGAGAAGCCUUCAGAGAGGAUAAAUUUUUCAAAAUUAUUGAAAGUAUAUGAGGAAGUUAUCAAGAUAAAUCCCGGCGCAUUCGGAUUUUCUAACUCUCCAAAUAUUCCCACUUGUUGGAAGUGUCUUUAUAUUCUAAAUGCGGUUGGUACACUUGCGGAAAUAAAAGAAAUUGAAGAAUCUAAUAAUAUAAAUCUGAGCACAAGCGUAACUGGAAAAUGGGUCACAGUAUAUUUGUUGAAGGCUAUAAGGGCUAUUUACGAGCUAGAUCAAAAAAAAUGGGUUCUAAGCCUAGAUGGGAUAGAAUCCCUAAUGUCAACAUUGUUAAAAGAUAGAGGGAGCGACAUAUACCAUAGGCUUCCCGAAAAUUUUGCAAAUAUCUUCGAUAGUAAUCAAUUCGUCUAUCUAGAGGUUCCAGAAAUUCCAGUUGACAUAGCAAUGGCCAUUCUGACAAAAGAAUUCUCCUGUGAUAUAACCAAUAAUAGAGCUCUGUUAAAACUUUCUGGGGGGAACUAUCAUUUAUUAAACAAGUGUAUUGAAAACUAUCGUGAUUUCAAAAGUAAUGUAUCUCUGGAUACCAUUAAAAAGAUACUUUCUGGGUCAAAGAACGAAGUUGACGAUGAAUUCUUCCCGGUGAAUAAGCCUAAAGAAUUGCAAGAAAACUAUUUAAGUACUGAACAUGGCAAAUUCUUUAUUAAAAAUUUGUACAAUGCCUGUCUGAGUGAAGAUAUUAUCAAAUUUGAAAACUCAAUGAACAAUUUUUUAAGUUCCUUGACAAUGGAAGAGCUAAAGAUUAAACUUAACAAUCGAGUGUUUGAAACAAUUAGGUAUCUCCUGAAAAAAAGAAAAUUGCAAAUUAGAAAAUCUUGUAUAAUUGAAAACAAAAUCAUAUUGGCACUGAUAUCUUCAAACAUUUUGCACUAUCAAAUGAGCUCAAAUGUCGUUGAAUUUCAGAAUUUGAUGGUAGAACGAUUGUUAGACUCUUAUAUGAAUUCAGAAUUUGGUUUGUUGACUAGUUUAAUAUAA